AUGGUUGUCCACGCCGGUUCCAUCCACCUCGGCCAAAGGUCUCUGGACAGCGCGGAGAGCCGUGGACAUUGGCAGGAGCUGGCUCUCUCGCCCUUCGCCACCGACUCGCCUUUCCCCUCGCUGGGGCAAGGGGCCGAGGUUGUGCCGGCCAACCUGACCAACUCCACCGACUGUGGCGAGGAGCUCCUGCUGUACGGCGACGUGGAGAAGGUGAUCAUCGGGGUGGUGCUGUCCAUCAUCACCCUGUGGAUCAUCGCCGGCAACACCAUGGUCAUCAUCUCGGUGGGCAUCGUCAAGAAGCUACGGCAGCCGUCCAACUAUCUGGUGGUGAGCCUGGCCGCCGCAGACCUGUCCGUCGCGCUGGCAGUCAUGCCGUUUGUCAUCAUCACCGACCUGGUCGGCGGAGAGUGGCUCUUCGGCAAGGUCUUCUGCAACGUCUUCAUCGCCAUGGAUGUGAUGUGUUGCACUGCCUCCAUCAUGACCCUGUGUGUUAUCAGCGUCGACAGAUACCUGGGAAUAACACGGCCACUGACAUACCCAGUGAGGCAAAACGGGAGGUCCAUGGCCAGAAUGGUGAUGACUGUUUGGCUCCUGUCGGCGUCCAUAACCCUACCACCAUUGUUUGGUUGGGCCAAGAAUGUCACGGUGGACCGGGUGUGCCUCAUUAGCCAAGACUUUGGUUACACCGUCUACUCCACGGGAGUGGCCUUCUAUAUCCCCAUGACUGUCAUGUUGAUUAUGUACUACCGGAUAUACAAAGCUGCGAAGGUGAGCGCGGAGAAGCACAAGUUCAUGGGCAUCCCCCGGCAGUACGAGCAGGAUGGUGUCUACAACAUGGAGGAGGAUGCCCGCGCCCACCGUGCCACCAAGCGGUCCAAGGCAGUGGAGGAGUGCGCCAUCUUGUCCAAGCUCCUCAAGCACGACCGCAAGAACAUCUCCAUCUUCAAAAGGGAGCAGAAGGCAGCCCGGACCCUGGGGAUCAUCGUGGGGGCCUUCACCUUCUGCUGGCUGCCCUUCUUCCUGCUGUCCGCCACUCGCCCCUUCAUCUGCGGCAUCAAGUGCAGCUGCAUGCCCCUGCGCUUGGAGAGAACGUUGCUGUGGCUGGGCUACACCAACUCCCUCAUCAACCCGCUCAUCUACGCCUUCUUCAACCGCGACCUGAGGACUACUUUCUGGAACCUGCUGCGCUGCAAGUACAGGAACAUCAACAGGAGGCUGUCAGCCGCCAGCAUGCACGAGGCGCUCAAGGCCACCGAGAGACACGACUGCAUUUUGUAACCGCAGCCGCUGCUCCCCCUCCCUACGAGGAAGCGAGAAGCCAACCGAAAGUGGUAAUGACAAGAAGCGGCACUGGAACUACAGGGGAUCAUGGUGU